UUUACAACGCCAGGACGACAAUCAUGGCUUCGAUGGCCCUUCGUGAACAAGCGUUACGGUUGAUGAGGCUUGUCGGAGCGGCAUCAUGUAGAUGUCCUGCUCACUCUCAAAACUUCUCACCAGUACCAAGACUAUCAUCUAUUGCGAAAGAUCAUGUGGAACCGGAAUGUGCUUUUGAGGUGGCCAAUUCCAGCAUUAGAUAUGGUGAAGGAGUUACAAGGGAAGUUGGCAUGGACUUUGAAAACCGUGGGUUGAAGAAAGUUUGUGUGGUCACAGAUCAAAAGUUGGUGACUUUGCCGCCUGUCAAAGAAGCUAUUGAAUCCCUUGAAACCAACAAAGUCAAAUAUGAACUUUUUUAUGAAGUUAGAAUUGAGCCAACUGAUGCGAGUUUUAAGGCUGCCAUUGACUUUGCCAAGCAGGGUGAAUUUGAUUCUUUUCUGGCCAUUGGUGGUGGCUCUGUGAUUGACACAGCCAAAGCAGCCAAUCUUUAUCUUUGUCAUCCAGAAAAUGAAUUCUUGGAUUUCGUGAAUGCACCUGUCGGUAAAGGAAUGCCAAUUGACAAGCCUUUAAAGCCUCUUAUAGCAAUUCCAACCACAGCUGGAACAGAGAGGGUUCAGGGUGCAAAAAGACUGUUACUGGAGAGUGAUCUGAAGCUCUCUGCUCUUCCAGCCCCUCCUCCACCAACCUCCGGACAAAGCAGUGGAUCACAUCCAUGGAGGAGCCGUUGUCAUGCUAUCGAGUCAUACACAGCCAUACCUUAUCAGAAGAGAGGUCCACGCCCUCCUAACCCCAAUAUGCGGCCAGCGUACCAGGGCAGUAACCCUGUAAGUGAUGUUUGGUCCAAACACGCUCUCGGUAUUGUUGCUAAGUACUUGAAAAGGUCAAUUAAGGACGCGAGUGACCUCGAAGCUCGCUCCAAUAUGCACCUAGCAAGUGUUUACGCAGGAGUGGGAUUUGGAAAUGCCGGUGUUCAUCUUUGUCAUGGAAUGUCAUAUCCCAUCUCCGGCCUCGUAAAGUCCUACAAAGCCAAAGACUACGAGGUCGACCAUCCCCUUGUGCCGCAUGGUUUGUCCGUAAUAAUGACGUCACCAGCAGUGUUCCGCUUCACUGCACCCCCUUGCCCCGAAAGACAUUUGGAGGCUGCGCAGAUUCUCGGUAAGCUUUAUUAUGUCAUACGGGUUAAGGUUAAGGUAAUUAUUCCUUGUGUUACCAUCAAGAAAAGAGUGAACACUGCUGCUGGUGAAUACCAGUCCGCGACACACAAUGCCAAAGAUGUGCGGUAUUUCACCAGAACACUGCGUACAAACCUGUUUGACCAGCUUUCAAAGAAGAGACCCUGCUGUAUUAUGUGUUGUGGACGCUCGAUGUUGCACAAUGCACAACAUGAAAUGAGUUGGGACUUACUUCUACUUGCAAUGCAGCUUUAUAGUAACUCGGGAGAGCCGAGAGAUGAGAAGUAG